UAAAGAACCCUAAAAUGUAGAAAACCCACCCGGUCCCUUUCACCGCCUCCUUCUUCGUCCUGGAAUUCAUGUCGACCUACGCUUCCUCUGUUCCGAGCCACUUGGGUGCUUCCGAUCCGCCGACAUUGGCCGCGGACGACAUGGGCGAGAUCACGGCAGUAGAAGGAGAGGGGGAGGUGGAGGGGGAGGAUGCAGAAGAAGAAGAGUGCGGCUUCUGCCUCUUCAUGAAAGGCGGCGGCUGCAAAGAAACGUUCGUCGCGUGGGAGAAAUGCGUGGAGGAAGCGGAGAAACUCGGGGAGGACGUUGUCGGGAAAUGCUCUGAGGCCACCGCUCUUCUGAAGAAGUGCAUGGAAGCCCACGCCGAAUACUACGAGCCUAUCCUCCGAGCUGAGGAGGCUAUGCUCGACGCUGCUGCUUCUGAUGCUGAUGCCGCCGCCUCCGAUCAUCAGAAUACCGAAGAACACGUCGAAGGGAAGAAUUCUUGAUUUUUCUUUAAACCUUCUUUAUUUGCCUUCACUUCUUCAGAUUUUCCAUCUUCCACAAUUUGGCACCGAUCUCUUGGACGGAUAACCAAGUUCACCUUAAAACUGUUUCAUUCGAAUUCUGAGAAUGAUUUAGCAAGGAGAGAGAGCCCUAUUUGUGGAACUUGAAGCCAAAUACCUUUCCCGAAAUAAAUUUUUUAACGUUAUACU